CUUAGUUGCUAACAAUCAACAAACAACGAGGAUUGUUGUUUCAUCUCACUCAGGAAUGUUUGCAGACAGACAUUUCCCUUGUAUCUCCAAUAUAUCCGAACGUCCUCUUGCUUCGAUCAGAUAUAUUAUUUAGAUUGCGCGAAUUAAUUUUGAUUUUGUCGCUAUGAUAUUUGUGUGUGUGUAAUUUAAAUGAUGUGGAGAGUGAUUAAGUUAUUGAACUUUGUGUUGUGCUUAAGGACAGUUUGUGAUGCUCAGGUGGUGGAGAGUCACUACAUCGAUGGCCUCACCUCGGAGAAGAUGCAGUCGAGCGUGUGGCACCAGCGCACUCCUCGCCUGGCCGUGCACUCCAACAACCAGCUGGAGUGCGAGCGACCUAGCAUUUAUUUUUGUGAGGAGCCACCCAACAUGAUUCCCGUAGAGAGUACAAAGAGCUGCAACUACCGCAACAUCUGGUACCACGAGCAGGUGUACCGCUGGGUGGCGGGUCGAGGCUGUCUGCUCUUCACUCCCGACUUCCUGUUCGUGGCUGGCAGGAACACUAUCAACCUGAACACGGGGUGUGUGUAUGGGAACCUGUUCGCACCAUGCUUGGAAGUUAUGAGAGAAGAUGGCACAUGCGCUUGUUUUCCCUUCGACCCAAGCCUCCAGGAAGUAGCCCGGGCUGUACGGAAGGCGCUAGUGCCGUCUAUACACGGACGGUGGGAGAGGUGUUUCUAUGGAGCCGUCGAUUGCUGCAGUCACUUUACGAAUUGGGACAACUCUGUACCAGAAGACAAUAACCAAUGUCCGCCGACGUUCGAUGGGUGGACGUGCUGGCACCCGGCACAAAAUGUCACCGUUGCCCGCGCAGUGUGCCCAGAGUUCGCUUAUUCCAAUUCUGGACCUACUUGUCAUCAUUUCAGUCACAAGGAAUGCCAUUCCCAUGGCGCGUGGGAAUUACAAACCGACUAUACCACUUGCAGCAUCACUCCUCGCCUCUUACGACGAUAUAAUUAUUACAUCGGCAUUUUAGCUUUCUCAGUGGCCACCAGUUUCCCCGCUAUAUGCAUUUUCAUUUGCUACAAAAGGCUGCGAGUCACAAGGGUCGCCCUUCACAGGAACCUUCUCAUCGCUAUUGUUGUACGAAACAUCAUUGUUAUAAUCAGCAGAAAUGAGAUCUAUAUCGACGAGUUGACUAACGCAGGGGAAACGAUCAUGUCACAAAAUGGCGUCGCAUGCCGAGUGUUGAGCUUCGCUGAGAGACUCGCGGGCAAUGCUGUGUUCGUUUGCAUGCUGCUGGAGGGAAUCUAUCUCCACAGGCUGAUUGUGACCGUGUUCAAACAGAAGCUGAACAUGAAGAUACUGUACUGCGUCGGAGUAUUUUAUGCAGUGCUGCCAGUUAUCGCCUGGUCGGUAGUCAUGAGCCUGUUCAACGACCACUCCUGCUGGCUGGUGUACACCAUGGACAACGUGCAAUGGAUCAUCGACGCGCCUCGCUUGCUCAUUCUUGCGAUCAAUCUCGUACUCUACAUCGACGUACUGAGAAUCCUGUUCACUAAGAUAAGGAACAACGAAAACGCUACUCAACUAAGCACAGUAAAGGCCACGCUGUUCCUGAUGCCUAUAUUCGGAGUCCAGUUUCUAUUCACAGUGUUCCGGCCGUACACUACUAACUGCGAUGUUGAACAGUUUUACUACAUAGUCGCCUACACCGUCGAAGGCUUGCAGGGCUUUAUCGUCGCAUUACUGUACUGCUAUGUUAAUAAGGAGGUGCAUGCAUUAAUGAAAGCUACAUACAAAAAAGCAGAAAAUACUAUCACAACUCGCUUCAAAGGCUCUAAAUACUAUCCUCGCAUAAGCGUAGAUCCUAAAACAGAUAGACGAUUCACUUACACAUCUGCACUUACCACAACAAAGACAGAUGACACGAAAAACCAUUACACAACAAUGGAACCAAAACUACAUGUUGCAGAGAUAAUAUCAAUACAAGACACAGAAAGACUUGCGGAGUUCUUAGACCCAGUUUAUGAAACAAUUAACAAUUGUGUAAACACUGAAGGUUACGACUGGUUAAAACGAUCAAACGCUGACAAAGAUCUAGAGGUUCUGCCCAGUAGAUUUAAUAUAGACGAUUACUAUGGUUUCACAAAUGCGUCAAGUAUUUCUAUAACCUGCCCGGAGUGGUUGAGACGAGUGUCAUCAUCAUCAUCAAGUAGUAUUUAUAAUUCUACGCCAGUCUCAUGUAAUGUGAUACAAGAAGAAGUUUCAAGAGAUACUAACAAUAUUGAAGAAACACCUUCCUGUGAAAAUAUAGAAGAUAAUAAAGAAGAUAAUCGUCCGAAAUCAAACGAGUAUGAAAUUGUAGCAAAUACAAAAAGUAACAAUAUUGAUAAUGUAAUAGAAUCAGUAAACUGUCAUCAUCAAUGUGUGACUGACUUGGAAUUAGAUUGUGGACAUUAUGAUAAUAUGCUAGAUGAAAUUAUACAGUGUAUGAAAACCGAUGACGUCAAAUUAGAUCCAGAUGUUCUGACACCAAAUAGAUCGGAAGAUGAUAAAAUUGUUUUUAUGGAUGAUUAACUAUAAUAUGAUUAAUUACUGAUUAUGAUGAUGAUUUGUACCUAACACGUAUACUCGUAGAGAGGCAAGCCAUUAUUUAGUUUUAUGAGAUUAUUUGUACUCAAUGGAAAUUGAUUUGUAUUCGUAAAUUUUAUUUAUUUUUCUAAAAAUAAACUUUACAGUAUUCACGCUUUUCA